CCCUCACUCACUAACCCACCAAUCAACAACUAACGUCAUCGAUCAGCACUCAUUCUUCCCUUUACAUUUGAGAGCUUCAUUACAACAGACGCUGUUCUUCCUCUGUUAACACUUGGGUGUGACAUCUGUCAAUCCAUCCAAUCCAUCAUUUCUCACAAGGAGCACCAAGGUUUAAUGGGACAUUAAUUACAGCACCCAAGAAAAGAGAGAUUCCCUGGGAACAUCUCAGCAAGAGCAGCUAUAUAAUAUAGUGUAUCUCUGGUCAGAAAGGACAAACAACGCUUCCUGAACCCCUGCCUGUGCUCUCCAUCAGCAGCCAAAAAUGGGGAAUGCCAAAAGCAGCGCCAUGUCCAAGGAGAUCCUGGAGGAUCUCAAACUCAGCACCAAAUUCUCAGAGAACGAACUGUCACAGUGGUACGAGAACUUCCAGAAGCAGUGUCCGUCUGGCCGUAUCGCACCAGAUGAGUUUAAAAAGAUCUACGAGCGCUUUUUCCCAGACAGUGAUGCCGCAGCAUACGCCCAGCACGUCUUCCGCUCAUUUGACACGAAUGAUGAUGGGACGCUGGAUUUCAAGGAAUACAUUAUUGCUCUACACAUGACAUCAACGGGAAAGACGGAGCGAAAGCUGGAGUGGGCCUUUUCACUUUUUGAUGUCGACAAGAACGGCUACAUCACCAAGUCAGAAGUGGCUGAAAUCUGUCAGGCGAUCUUUAAACUGAUCCCUAAAGAAGAGCAGGAAAAUCUUCCAGCAGACGAGAACACUCCCGAGAAGAGAGCGGACAAACUGUGGUCGUUCUUCGAUAAAAAAGAUAAUGAGCGAUUGGCCGAGGGGGAGUUUAUUCAAGGCAUUCUUGACAAUGAAGGCGCGAUCCACCUUAUUCAAUACGAGCCCCACAAAUAAUAAUAAAACCAGAACAAUUACUGUAUUUUUCCUGUCAUAUAAUUUCCUUUGGUCAAGUGUGUCAGCAACCCCCCCCCCCCCCCCUUUUUCUUUUUUCCCCAUGUUGUUUGUUUUUAACUUUUAAUGUGGGCAUGUCUGUCCUGCUUCUUGUAUUAGUGCAGCAUGAGUCAUUCUGUAAAUAUUUCAAAGCCCAUUAACCUCAAUAUGUUUUGAGUGAGUCCUGAUAGACAGAAUGAUGCUAGACUGAAGUAAUAGGAAACUGUCACAUCUGGGAACAAAUGUUGAAAUGUGUGAAAUCCUGUAUGAAGACUGAAGAAGAGUUUCUGGCAGUUGAAAUGAUGAUACUGAAAGCAAAUAUUAUUUUUCUUUAUGAAUCAAAGUGAGAACAGGCUCAUUCAUGUUUUUCUUGUAAAAUGAAGUCAAAUACAGAUAUAUCAAUGAAGCCAAUAAAGCCACUAGACUGUGUGGAAAAAUAACAAAACAUAAAUUCGUCCAGCAUGUUAAUACAUCAACCUUUGCCAUUUACAGUAUGCAAAUCUGUUUGUUUGAUGUCAACUGCAGUGGAAUAAACCUGAAACUGUAAGAGCUACUAUAAGAUUCUCUCUGUUCUGUGUCUGUAUGUGUGAAUUUGUGUGUAAAUGAUUAGGUGAGUUGAAGAGUUCAAGUGAUCUGCUGGAAUGGGCAGCACAAUAAUCAGUCUGCUAGCAGAGGUUUAAAAUGCCAUGACAAUAUUCACUUGUAAUCCUGGAUUACCUUUGUGUGUUGUCAUGUAUGGCAAAGUUUGACCAGAUAUAUACUUUGGCAAACAGGUAAAUGUGAGUCUGUAUAUGAGAAGGUUUGCAAUAUUUUGUUGGAGAAAAAGCUCUUAAUGACACUGUACUAACUGUCAAUUCCCUCACUGUCUUAGUCCCAGUUAGGAUUACUGACAUAAUCGCCCGUCCAACAUUGCAAAAAAGACUUUAAAAUCUCCAAUUUCCUAGUGCGGCCUCCCUCUCUCCAUUUCUCAUUUUGGAUUUCUUUAAUAUAUCAUCUUUUUCUCUGUUUUGCCAUAUUAAAUAUUUGUCAUAAUUAACUUCAAUUUAAGACAACUGAUGCAAAUACA